AUGGUUCAAUGUGACGUGUGUGAUGAAUGGUACCAUUAUACUUGUGUCGGUGUUACACAGGAUAUAGAACAUGAAGACUGGAGUUGUCAAGAAUGCAGAAACGCGCAGACAACACAGCAAAAUCUAAAUCAAGAUGAAAUACCGACAACAAGCAAAGAAAAAUCAGCGAAAGAAUCAAACCUUAAACCACCAUCAAAAGCGGGGUCGAUCAAGUCGUUAGGAUCUAAACACCAAACGAAAGCUCUUCUAGAACUUCAACUGAAGAAAUUAGAAGAGGAACAUGCGUUGAAAAAAGAAGAAAUUAAACUGAAACUAGAAAUGCUAGACAAACGAUUUCACAUUCUAGAACAAAUGAAUGAUGUCAAUAAUUCAGAAAUAGAUGAGCAGGAUGCUACAUCAAAAGUAAACGAAUGGUUACAUGACAAAAGCAAUAUAUCCCAACGUGAAUGCAGACACGAAUGCGCUCUUGAAGCUCAAGCAGGUGCUGGCAACUAUACUGUAAAUCAACAACAUGAACAACAGUUUAUACCAGAAGAGCGAUCAACACCCAAACAUCACGAACGUGAUUCAUCACGAGUUCUGAGAUCCGCUGAUUAUGAUAGAUUGACGCAAGAUCAGUUAGCAGCGCGUCAGGUAGUGCCUAAAGACUUACCGAAAUUUUCUGGCAACCCAGAGGAGUGGCCCAUGUUUUUUUCCACUUACGAAAGCACUUCGAAUAUGUGUGGAUAUAGAAAUGAUGAAAAUAUGAUCAGACUCCGGAACUGUUUGAAAGAUGAAGCAUACGCUGCUGUUCAAAGUUUUUUAAUGCAUCCAUCUACCCUACCCAAAGCAAUUUCCGUUCUAAAAUUAAGAUUUGGUCAACCUCAUACAAUAAUAAAUACUUUGAAGAAGAAGAUUUCUGCUAUGCCAUCUGUGAGGCCCGAUGCAAUGGAUAAGCUAAUUGAUUUUGCUUUAGCGGUACAAAACCUCUGCGCAACCAUCGAAGCAUGUCAAUGCAAAGAGUACAUGAAUGAUGCAUCAUUUCUUCAAGAACUCAUUGGUAAACUUCCACCAACUCUUAGAUUGGAAUGGGCCAGAUCGAACCGAACUGUAGUACAAGGGAGUUUAGAAAUAUUCAGCUCCUGGAUGUAUUCGAUUGCUGAAGAUGCCUGUCUUAUAGUUGAACCGAAGCAUAUGAACGAUCGAGUUCAUCAAACCGAUCCCAAGAAGGGCAAAACAUAUAUAAACACUCACUCGGAGCGUCCAUCUUCGACGGAUGCAUCGACACAAUACACUUCGAAUACUAACAUAGCGACGGAACGAUCGAAGAUUGAAACCUGUAUCGCUUGUAAAGGAAACUGCGAAUCACUAGAAAAAUGCACACGUUUUAACACACAAAGCUACGACGCUAAAUGGGGUUUAAUUCGUGAAGCUAGAUUAUGCCGAAAAUGUCUCCGACAGCACAAAGGCGGUUGUUACUCGAAACCGUGCGGUAUUAAUGGCUGUACAUUUAAGCACCAUCCGUUAUUACAUAAGCAAUGGUCACCUCGAUACGAUACAAAUCAUGUGGAUAAUGAAAACCAAUCUGAAGCUCAAAACUGUCACACUCAUCAGCUGUCAACCAAUUGUACGCUACUACGUUAUUUGCCUGUGGUACUUCAUGGCGUCGAUAAAGAUUUACGUUGUUACGCCUUCCUGGAUGAGGGUUCUGGUUCGACACUCCUGGAUAAAAAAGCAGCGAGUAUCUUAGGGCUGCAAGGAGAAAUCAAGCCCCUAUGCCUGCAGUGGACUGGCGGAAUGCAACGCUAUGAGGCGAAUUCACAAAAAGUCAGUUUAGACAUUUCAGGUUGCGACAAGAAAAGAUACAAUUUGGAGGACGUGCGUACCGUCGAGGAUCUCCGGUUGCCGUUCCAGACGCUAAAUGUGUCUGAGUUGAAGGAUAAGCAUAGUUAUUUACGUGAUUUACCAAUCGAAUCUUAUGAGAAUAUUAGACCAAACAUAUUGAUAGGAUUAAAACACGCAAACGUUAUGUUGGUGCGCAAAAGUCGCGAAGGAAACAAUAAUCAACCUAUUGCUAUUAAAACUCGCCUUGGAUGGACUGUCUAUGGCGGAAACUCGAAUGACGUCGACCUGCACAUGAUACAUUAUUCUUUUCACGUUUCUCCAUGCUCAUGCAACACCCACGAUAACUUACAUCAAACGGUGAAACAAUAUUUUUCUCUAGAAGCCAUGGGGAUUACGAAGCCAAGUCAAUCAUUAAUGUCUAACGAAGAUAAACGUGCAUUGCAUCUACUCGAAUCUCUUACCCAGUUUAGUGGUGAGCGAUACGAGACAGGGUUAUUGUGGCGACAUGACGAAAUUAGGCUUCCGGACAGUAAAGCUUUAGCGCAGAGACGGUUAUACUGUCUUGAAAAAAGAAUGGAAAAAGAUCCGGAACUGAAACGCAUCAUGCAAGGAAAGAUAGCUGAAUACAUAGAGAAAAAAUACAUCCGGAAAUUAACAGAUGAAGAAUUAAAAGAAAAUCACCAGCGGAUCUGGUAUCUCCCUAUUUUCCCAGUCACUAAUCCAAACAAACCUGGAAAGGUGCGCAUAGUAUGGGAUGCGGCAGCGGCUAUCCAUGGAGUUUCUCUAAAUUCAACCCUAUUGGUAGGACCAGAUAAUCUUGUUCCCUUAAAUUCCAUUCUAUUACAAUUCCGAGAGCAUCGAGUGGCCGUCGGAGGUGAUAUACGGGAAAUGUUUCACCAGAUACGCAUGCGGAAGGAAGAUCAACAUAGUCAGCGAUUCUUAUGGCAUGAUGAAAAAGAUCAAUCAGAAGCAAGUGUGUACGAAAUGUGCGUUAUGACAUUCGGAGCAUGCUGCUCACCCAAUACCGCGCAAUUCGUGAAAAACCUCAAUGCAGAAAGAUUUGAGCAUAAGUAUCCUGAAGCGGUGAAAGUAAUAAAAAGGGGACAUUACGUCGACGAUUUAUUAGUAAGCGUUGAAAAUGAACAUGAAGCUAUUAAAUUGGCGAAUGCAGUGAAAUUUAUACAUGCUCAGGGAGGAUUUGAGAUUAGAAAUUGGAUGUCCAAUUCCCAGUGCGUUCUAUCUACCCUUGAUGAGCAACGAGCAAUGGAUUUCGAUCUCGACUUAAACUCUAAUAGUGCCACCGAAAAGGUCCUCGGCCUAUGGUGGAAUGCACCGACGGAUCGUCUCGCAUUCAAGUUUUGUUGGUCUAGAUUCGAUGCACAUCUCUUGGAUGGGAAGAAAAAACCUACGAAACGGGAAGUGUUGCGCAUUUUAAUGACUAUCUUUGACCCGCUAGGCUGCAAUUAUAGGAGUAAGACUCGCGAACACCAUCUGCGACAGCAUCUCGACGAAAAUAUCGAAACGCGUAUUCUGGACCGACUCUCGUAA